AUGCCUGCAAAUGUGCUGCAGUCAGAAGGUAGUCCAGUACGUCAAACAAAUGCUCAGCAACAGGUUGUGGCAGUGCAGUCUCCAGCAGCUGUAGCAGUGGCUCCAACCCAACCUUUAGGUCAGACAGUAACAGCUACACCUGUAGCUGUGACUGGCCCUGGGGGACAGACACAGGUACAACUGAAGCUUGAAUCAGAAUCUUUGGCACAGCUGAUGCAACGGACAGGUAGUAAAAUAGUGGCCUUACCCAAUGGACGAGGAGGCUAUACCUUGUCCCUCACACCUGGUGCAGUUCAACCAGGACAGAAGAGUCAGACACAGAUAGCUGCCAACACAGCAGCAAAGGUGCAAGUUGUGUCUGGGGCAAAUGCUUUAUUAGAAGAUACACCACAGCCUCAAGAUGUACAGCAACAGUCACAGAUUGUUCAACAGCAGAGUCAUGUUAUAUCCCAAGGAGUAGCUCAACCAGCUGUUGUCUCACAACAGACAUCACUGGCUCAGCAGAUUGGGGUCAAACAGGUUGUACCAGCCAGUCAAGUCAAUGUGUCUGGAUCAGGGCAGGUUGUUUCAAGAGUUGGUAUGCAACAGAGAGUUUUUGGUAAUUUGGUAUCCUCUCCACAAGGAGCCAGAACAACACAAGUUCCUGUGACAGCUGUAAUUGCUUCACACCAGCAAGGAGGUACUAUUAUAAACACAAGCCAAGCAACAGGUGUACUGCAGAAAGUGACAAGCACGCAGUCACAAUUGACUGGCGCUCAGGCAGGUCAGCAUCAGAUAGUAUUGCAACAGCGAGUAGCAGCCACUGGCACCCAAGCUGCAGUGUCUCCACAAGUAAAUCAAGGUGUUGUCCAGCAGCCUGCUGCCACAUACAAGCAGGUAGUUGUUAAUCAACCAGUCCAGCAGGUUGCACAGCAGGUAGUCCAAGUAGCUCAAGGAUCUGUAUUACAACAGCAACAGCAACAAGUUGUGAGGUUACAUCCUGUAUCUGGGAGUGGUAGUCACCGGAACACUCCCACUCAAAAACUUGUUCAAAUUGUACAGCCUGGAGGGGGUCGUCAAGUGGUGCAAAUGGUUCAGCAGGUGGUUGCAAGUCAAGGCCAAGCAAAUCAAGGACAUCAACAACUCAUCUAUGUCCAGGGAAAUGGACAACAAACACAGCAAGUGAUGCAACAGCAGUUAGUUGUGCAGCAACCACAACAACAGCAGCAACCUCAGCAGCAGCAACAAACUGUAGUUCAGCAACAACAGACUGUAGUCCAGCAGCAACCAGUUGUUCAGCAACAGCAGCAACAACAAGUAGUUCAACAACAGGGAUUUUUCCAUGACGAGUUCGACGAUGAUGUCCCUUAG